AUGUUGCCACCAGACUAUGUUUGGUUUGUUGCAGCCUUCGACAACUGGAUCCCAAACAUCACCGCCAGCUUCGCGGGCACUCCGGGAUGCAGUUGCACCGCCGAGCAAUUGCACACCGUGUCAUAUGGCCUCAUUGUCAGCGGGCGUGGCCCCAUCCAAGCAACCAAUGAUGUCCACGGUCUUUCGGGACGGAGGCUCUCAGACCUUUCAGAGCAAUACAACAGGGAAUGUCAGAGCUUUGGAGGUGGACAAGGCUCUUGCAAUGCCUUGUGGUCCGGGUAUUUUUACGAUGGUCUUUGGCAUUUCGCUUCCAUUCUGCAUACUUAUUUGGUCGAGCAGAACCAUUCCAUUGCAGAUUUGGCAACUCCGUCGUCAAGGCUGGCCCUCUACGAGUUGUCAUUGCGCCAGGACUACAUGGGUCUCACGGGCCCGGUACGCCAGUUCAACAGCAUCGAGCCCACAACUACCCCACCGUCAUUUGGCGAUCGAGAUGGUCUUAUGCUGCUUCGCCAGAUGGCUGGCCCCAUUGGCAACGAGUUUGUUGAGGUGGCCCGGCGAACGAGUGCAGCAACAGAUUGGCUCGCUGACUUGCGGUGGAGCCCGCUGGAUAGCACAAAGAUGAUCGCUUGCAGUGGGGGAACAUGUGAUCUCGAAAGUGCAUGGAUCCCGCGAGAUCGCAUUGAGCAAUGUCCAGCUGGAUCAGUCUUUUCGAUUGAAUUGGGCUGCGUUGCUUGCACACCCGGCAGGUAUGCAGAUACCAAUAUGACAGAGUGUCCCUCCUGUGGCAUUGGUACCUUUGCGAAUGAAACAGGCCAAGCGGAUUGCACCCCGUGUUCCCCAGGCAGCUUCAACAACGCCCUUGGUGCCGAAAGUUGCGAGUUGUGCGGCCAGGGUUUCUUUGCCAACACAUCAGGUGCAUCCUUGUGCAGGAAGUGCGACUUUGACACGUAUGCAUCAGAGAAAGGCCUUAUGUCAUGCUUUGCUUGUCCACCAGGCACAACCACAGGCUUCACGGGAGCCGUGGAUGUGGAAGCUUGCCAGUGUAAGGGUGAGCUGUGGGACGGAGUGUGCGUGGUGUGCACCGGGGACACACGGUUCGAGGAUGGGCAAUGCGUCAGCUGUUCCAGGGGACUGGUUUGUGAUGGAAGCAAAGAGCCCAUGCUUGCUGAGGGAUAUUGGGCUGCAGCCGAUAACCCCUUCAGCGUCUAUCAGUGCGUCCCCUAUGAAUAUUGUCCCGGCGGGCUACCAGGGCAGUGUAACGGAGGACGAAUUGGGACACCAUGUGCGGACUGUCCGCCUGGACAGUCUUGGCAAACAGACGUUUGUGCCGACUGCACCCCGUUCAGCGUGGCAGGAUGGCUCGUCGCAGGCCUUGUGGCUGCACUUGGCAUUCCAGCGGCCUACUAUUUCAUGAACACCAAGCAAACCUCGAAGGCUACCACGAUGCUCGCUACCUCAUGCGGUGUUGGAAUGACCAUCAACAUGUUGCAAAGCAUCGGCAUUGUUGGAUUCAUCUCCUUUUCUUGGCCACCUGCUUUGCAAGGGCUGUUCAACUUGAUGGGCAUCCUCACGCUGGACUUGCAAGCAAUCGGCUUCGACUGUGUUUCCUCCAAUCCUGUCUUAGGCUACGUUUCUAUCACCUCUGCCUUGCCGGCGGCAUUGACAUGGCUCCUCGUGUUCAGCUUCCUAAGUAAGCUCCUUCCGAGCAAGUUUCGCGUCGAAGUAUCGAAAAUGCUGAGCACGAUGGGGCAAUUCUUCCAAGUCAGCUUCACAAUCUACAGCAAGAUUGCACUGUCACCCAUGAUGUGCUACACCCACCCAAAUGGAAAGAGCGGCUUGUUGGAGAACAACGGCAUCUUCUGCUUCGAAAGCCCUGAGCACACUCGGAUGUUCAUCGCCGGACUUUGCACCAUCGCUUUGUUGGCGAGUUUCUAUUCGACAGCGCUUUGGGCAACGAUCCGCGCACCGAAGUAUGCCGCCGCUGGCAACGCAUCGUUCAUGGCAGCCACGCGAUUUCUUCUUUUCCGCUUCCGCACGGACUCGUGGUGGUUUGGUACCUUCAUGCUCCCGCGUGGUCUUUGCCUCUCGAUGUCCAUAGUCUUGGCAGCGGACAACCCGUACAUCCAGAUGAUUUUGAUCAUCUCCGUCAUCCUGACCUACAUGCUCGUGCAGCUGAUCACGUGGCCUUGGAAGCUUCCCGCCCUCAAUGCCUUCGAUGCCAUCGUUUCCUCCGCGAUGCUGAUGAUGAUGGCAAUUCUGGGAGCCUUUGCUCCAGAGCUCGAUGAUGUCUUAAAGGAGCAGCUCACGGAUUUUGUCAUCGGAAUUGUGAUGUUCCUGAAUUGCGUCGUCGUCAUCAUGCUUUGCAUGGCUGCCUUCGGCUUGGUCA